AUGGCAGUACAUGCCUUAGACAUAAGGCAUAGAAUAGAUUUUGAGAAAGUGGAAGUUUUAAGACAGGGACUGCGAUUCACACCACAGAGGUUGAUAGCCGAGGCGGUGGAAAUUACCAAGCAUUACAGCGUGAACAGAAUAGAGGAAUCACUAGCAAAAACAGGGAGGUGGGGGUGGAAAUCCCAACUCGACCAAAGUCCACGGAAUCCCUCUUCCUUACACAACUACCGUAGCACUAGCUCAGAUGGACAGAAAGUUCAAAUGGUGUUCAAGAGGGAUCAUCAGGUCCAUGGUUUGGACCCGACCUCCGCCUCUCGACUUCCCCCGUCUAGGUUUGGACAACUUGACAGGAUCUCAGCCCUCGUGCAACCUUCGGGAGGAUGGCUCAAGUGGUUAGAGCGCGAAUUUACUGACCGGAAGGUUUGUCGUUCGAACCCGACCUUUGACUCUCGACUACCCCUGUCUAGGCUUUGGCAACCUGGCAGUAUCCCGGCCCCCGUGCUUCAUUUGGAUGGCAUAGCAGUUAGGCACCGAAAGCGUGUUACACCUGAACGAUUAUUGUCUUCCAAAAGUGCUUAUCCCAGAAGGACUUCUUUUAAUUUAUCGUUCAGUCUGCUUUCUGUAUGCUGCUGCCGAUCGUUUCACCCUCUUGAGGCAGCUGCCGCGGUUCGACGUAAACAGUUGUCGCCAGAUCACUUGAAAAACGUUCCGCGAGCCACAAGUGAGACUCGUGUGGAUUGCAGUCUUCAUCCACCCGGAGAACUUGUUGAUAGAUGCUGUCCCACAGCGUCCCUCCUGGCGUGUUCCGAACGCUCGGAUUGUGUUCAUCGUCGAAAGAUUCCGCGCCCCUCCUAUGAAUCCUUAUCAUCUUCUUGCGGUUCAGACGAUGACCGUCCCAUCGUGCCGUCCCAUUGCACAUGCACCUGCGGCACUUGGACGCAGGGUUUCUUAACUUCACACUGUAAUUUUCGGUUCGGCUCAGCGCUGUGUACCGACUUUGUGGCCUAUCGACAUCGCUUCUACUCCGACCUGGUCGAACCAUUCGGAUCAGGUGAUUGUGCCGCAGUGGGCUCCUUGUUUUCCACUGUCAUCUUCUUGUAUUUCGUGGUUUUGGCGCCUGCUUUAACAUUCGGAGCACUGCUGAAUUCCACCGUCUCCGAGGAUUUCUCCAUCCCACUUUGUAUCUUUGCCUCUGGAAUUUCCCAAUGUCUGUUCACCGUGCUGGGUGGCCAGCCACUACUGAUUGUGGGUAUUACCGGACCGAUGCUCAUCUUAGAGACGUGUAUCAAGCUGGUGUGCGAUGUCCAUCAGGUUCCAUUUCUUCUGAUGCGGUUGCUAAUCGCCUGCUACACGACAGUGUUAGGCCUCCUAGCGGUUCUCGCCAAUGCCGGCUGGUUGGUUCUCCGAGUCCGUCGUUCGCUUGAGGAAGUGUUCAACUUUUUCGUUUCGUUCUACUUCGUUUUCAAAGCGAUGAAAAACCUGUUUGGAGAAUUGUUGAACACUGCUUCCCUGGCGACCGCAUCUCACGAAAACUCUUUGGAACAGCUCAACACUAGUAAUACCUCCCAUCAGCGGACGGCUGCACUCACGACUACAGUAGAGGAUCAGCUGGGACAUCAUUAUGCCAAGGCGGUGACCACUCUACUUUUGGCUUUCCUAAUGAUGUUUAUCUGCCUAUGGCUUCAGUCCAUCAAACGUGGUCGCUAUUUCAGACGCACGGUACGCAACAUAUUCGGUUAUCUGAAUGUCCCAAUCGGGCUCGCGAUCACCGUCUGCGCCAAUUCCCUACUGUUCCCCGGCAUUCGUGCACCAACCAUACAAAUCCCUACAGGCAAUAGAUCUUUCCUAUUUGUGGUGACCUCUUCUCCCAUUUCGGCAUCCUCGGAAGUCACACACGCAGCUCAAAAGUUUUUGGGAUCUCCCAAAUUCCAUGGCCUCGCGUUUCUGUUGGCUGCUUGUCUUGUGCCCGCAAUAGCCACGGAUACCAUGCUGUCCGGAAUCACCGUGGCGAAAUCAGAAAGGCGUCUGCGAAAACCAUGUCUGUUCAGUCUAGACCUGACUGUCACGUUGUGUGUCUUGCCCCUCGUUUCGUCCCUUCUUGGCUGGCCAUUCCUAUCCCCAGCAGCUGUCCGAUCUAACGCGCAUGCGAUCGCCUUGACCAAGUGGAACACGCGAACUCCACCUGGUGUACCGCAUCGCAUUGUUGGUUGCGUGGAACAGCGGCUUACUGGUUUCGUCAUCGGUUUACUCGUGGCUUUGUCGGUGAUUGUGGAAGCCCAACUGUUUGCCCUCAUCCCAAUGGGUGCCCUCUACGGGAUGUUCAUGUACAUGGGGAUCAUGGGUCUCCGUGAGCUGGUGGUCGUCCGUCGCCUGUUGGCUCUGCUCAAGCGACGCAAGCACUGGAGGGAUCGAGAAUACCUUCGUCACCUACCAUCGGCGGCUCUGGCCUCGUUUGUUGCUGUCCAAAUGGGUUUCAUACUUCUCCUGUUGGCGCUCAACUGGACGACCGAAUUCGCUCGAAUCGGAGCCACCUCGCUCCUGUUCCCGUUCAUCCUACUCCUCUUCGGCGUGGUUCGUGAGUUCGUACUGCCCCGUUUUCGCCUACUUCGAUCCUACCUGCAUGAGAUGGACCGACUUCACAAUCUGCACCUUCCAAGGAAUCAUCGGUUCCAUGGGAAUUGCUGCCGUUGCUCAGGACCACUUCACCCACACAUUCGUGGUGAUAGUCUUUCAGAAAGCAGACCACGUGAUCUAAGUAAACUCCAUGUGGUUAGUUUUCUUCAACGCGAAAACCAAAGUAUUAUUGCGGAUCAACUAUCUGCAGACAACUCCAGAGAACACUUUUCGAAGACGACCAGUGCUAUGUCUCAUCUACCUCAUACGGCGUGGACUGUAUCGUCCGAGUUGGAUCAUCUCGUCAGCAAAGACGAGCGGCCCAGCUUCAAGUACAACUCUUGGACGAGGCUGAGUGUACCCUUCCCGAGUAGCAGUCCCGUUGAUAUGACGCGGAAUGUGAACGUUACUGCGGAGGGAUCUCGCUUGACGAAUGUGGAUGAAAAUAUCUUCCUUCCUGCUCGUGACGUCCCCUCUUCGUCGCUUAGUCUAUCCAGUGUUGAGGAGUACUCAGAGAGUGAGCUGGAACUCCGAUUGGACAACCCGUAUUGUUUGGAUUAGCGACGUGUCCAUCUUUUUGCUAUGGAUCUCCGUACACUUAUUUACCAUGACUACCCCGAGAACCCCCCCCCCCCCCAGAUGACUAUGUAGAAUCAAGUUUUUCCUUAUUUUCCAUGCAUUUUUGUUCAGUUCCCGUUUACUGCGUUUGUUUUUUUUCUUUUCCCUGUGUGUGUGUGUUCACACAUCGUUUCGCG